AUGGCCGACCGCCUUCACUCCCGCGAAGGGUCCGACACCUCCCUCAACGGCACCAACACUACUUCUCCGCGAUCCAGCACCGAAUCUCGCUCUCCCUCCGCACGAAACCCACUCCGCAUUUCCCAAAUGUCGACCUCAAACCACCAGCAUAGACAGAGCUUGAGUGAGACUCUUCGUGGUCCGCCUGGUUCCCCGCGUGCCCGCCGACAGCCUUCCCUGCCACAGUCCGCCAUCCAGAGCCUGAUUGACAACCCCCCGCCACCCAAGGCCACUGACCCUGCCUUUGUGGGUCGCGAUUGGAGACAUAUAUCAAUUGGAGAGCUGGUGAGCCCGGCCGAAUUGAAAUUUGUGGAGCUUGAUACCGGGAUCGAAGAGGCGACCAAUAUCUUGAUUGAUUCCGGCGCACCUGUAUUGCUGAUCCGUGAGUCAGUCGAAGAUACCUCUGCCGUUGCUACAUUCGACUAUGCCGAUUUGAACUCAUAUCUCCUGCUUGCGGCGGGCCUCACUUCGCCUGACGAGGAACAUCGGGCAUCCUACGAGGAGCUAGCAAAGAAGGCCCAAAAUGGGGUACCAAUUCCGUUGCGAGACGUCAAGAAGUUCGGCAUGGAGAAAGAGCCACUCAUCAAUUUGCCUGCCUCGGCCAACGUCUUGUCUGCAGUCGAGAUUUUCGGUGGAGGUGUCCAUCGUGUUGUGGUCGUCGAUGAAUCUGAUGAGCAAAAAGUGGUUGGAAUCUUCAGUCAGUUCCGAUUGGUGAAAUUCCUCUGGGAAAAUGGUCGCAGCUUCCCGAUCAUCGAAGAGCUUUAUCCACAGCCCGUCAGUGAUUUGCGACUCGGAUCCACCAGUGUGAUAUACAUCAAUGGUGAUAGUCCCCUUUCAGAGGCUCUUCAUGUCAUGAACAAUGAGGGUGUCUCAUCAAUCGUCGUUGUCGAUAACCAUAUGAACGUGCUUGGCAAUAUCUCUACAGCUGAUGUCAAGCUCUUGACCCGGUCUUCUUCUCUACCUCUUCUACAAAACACCUGUACUCACUUCAUCUCCGUGAUUCUGUCCACUCGCGGCCUGAUGGAGGGCAAAGACUCGUUCCCUGUCUUCCACGUCAACCCAGGAUCAACGUUGGCACACACAGUCGCAAAAAUUGUGGCCACUCGAUCACACCGACUCUGGGUGACCGAUCCAUUAUCUCCAUCUUCAUCAGGGCCACCCACCCCAUCACACUCUUCAGUGCACAUCCCUCUAUCUGGGAGCGUCAACCAUCCAUCUACUGCACAGCACACCGGGAACUCACCCCCGCCAUCACCACUUCCAGUGCCUACAUCACAAUCUUCCCACCACAUAUCUCCACACCUUGCAACCCCCGUGGCGCCCUACACUACCCCGACUACAGGUUCACUUUCCUCGUCAGGUGUACAUGUUCCACCACCUCUUUCACAUUCCAUCCCGUCAGCAGCGCUCGAUGGUGCACGCUUGUCAGGCCGUCUCGUGGGAGUUAUCAGCUUGACUGACAUCUUGAAUCUGCACGCUCGAGCCAGCGGACUCAAUCCCGUCGACCCCGCGGAGUCCCGUAGCCGCCGCAGACGCAGUAGUUCGUCGAGCCAGAGUGUUCGCCGUAGCGGUGAUAUCGGCCGGGAGCUUUUCAGCCGUGGCAUGUAA